AACAGUGACUGCAAACUGCAUCAGUCCAUUUGCGUUGCCAGUGCGUUGCAGCUUUAACCGGUCCAUCAUGCCUUGCGGUGUCCCAGUUCAGUUCCGAUGCAAUUUACAACAAGCUCUGUGGUCCUCCCUCACUGAUGAUCAGAGCAGAAAGCAAACAGGCAGAGCGGUAGAUGUCGAGAACCCUAUGUCGGAUGUCCAGUGACCGGACGGACGCAUGUUUACAUUCACACGGGUUUUAAAGGCGGGGAUGUGCGCACACAUCUGAUGCAGGCGCGGAGCAGCGCGGAUAAACAGAAUUUCCCGCAUGCAACCCGCAUAACAUGCAGCGGAAAGUACCAGAUUUGAACCCGGAGAGAAAUACUGAGGCUACAGCACGACAGGAGAGUUUUAAAUGCUCUUGACACAAAGUGAUCUACUGCUGAAAACAGGAUGGACAGUUAAACAUUAUUAGCACCCCCUUGUGGUGUGGAGGAAUGAGGGCCUCUGGAUGAAGGCCAUGGAGCUGAAAGUGUGGGUGGACGGAGUGCAGCGCAUCGUGUGCGGGGUCACGGAGUUUACCACAUGCCAGGAAGUAGUCAUUGCUUUGGCACAAGCCAUUGGACGCACCGGCAGGUAUACUUUGAUCGAGAAAUGGCGUGAGACAGAACGUCACCUGGCUCCACAUGAAAACCCUGUAGUGUCCCUUAACAAGUGGGGUCAGUAUGCCAGCGAUGUCCAGCUCAUCCUCCAACGAACCGGCCCGUCUGUUAGCGAGCGGCCCACUUUUGACGUGCAGGCUCGCGUCCCAGAGCGUGGCUUCUACCGGCAGAGUCUACCACCUCUGGCCAAGCUCCGCCCAUCAGGGACAGACCGCUCUCUUAAACGAAAGGAACCCAAACGCAAGUCUCUGACCUUCACUGGAGGGGCUAAGGGUCUGCGGGAAAUAUUUGGGAAAAGCAGAGAUGCUGAAGCCAAACAGCCCCAGCAGCGGGGUGUGAGUUUGAACCUGAGCAGGGUUGGAGGUGUUGGAGUAACUUCUGUACCUGGAAGUCCAGCCAGAGAGCUGAGCCGGCUGGUGCAGCUGCAGAGAGACAAACUCCAGGCCCUGGAGAGCCGUCUGCUGGGCUGCGAGGCCGAGCUGCAAGACUGGGACGAAGCCACCGACAUGGCUGAUGAAGGAGAAAACUUGGAGGGGGAGCUGCUACUUCUAGAGCAGCAGGUGAGGAGGAACGAUGCAGAGAUGGAGGAGGAGGAAUUCUGGCAGAACGAGCUGCAGAUCGAACACGAGAGCGAGCGUCAUCUGCGGCAACAGCUAGUGGAGCUGCAGGGCCGCGUACGCGACAGCGAGGCCAAGCUUUCAGAGUACCUGGCACACAUACAGAGCAUGGAGGGAGGCCUGGAGCAGGAGCGGCUGCAGCAGGAGGCCGAGCUUAACCAGAGGGUCAAUGAGGAGGAGGUGCAAGACCAGCUGGAGAAAGUGAGGGCCGAGCUUGAAAUGCAGAGCCAACACACAGCGCGGCUAGAGAGCAGCUGCAGGGUGUUGGAACGCUCGCUAGGCCAGUCCAGCAAGAGAUUACAGGAGAAGGAGCAGGAGCUGGAGCAACUGACAAAAGAGCUACGGCAGGUCAACCUGCAGCAGUUCAUUCAGCAGACUGGUACCAAGGUCACCGUGCUGCCUGCUCAACCUACAGGAGAAAACAACAACGAUGUGGACUCUGGCUCUCUGAAACGACUUGGCUCUUCUCGGCUCUUACCCAGCAACCUUCGCACUCUUCAAAGCACCGUGUCCUCUAGCCUCAACCCUGAAGGCAUCUACGUUUGACCCCUUAAACUGUGCGGGAGACAUUAUUUUAACAGCAGGGUCGGCACAAUGUUGGUAGGGCUGUUCAUAUGACUGGAAGGCCCCAAUAAUUGACUCCCCAAACUGCUGAAAUGCUCUUGAGCAAGGCACUGAAAGAAAGUGUGGAGGAUGUUGGCAAAGCCAUUACAGGGAGGAUGAGUUUGUAGAUAUCACAAGAACCAGUUCUUGCAUCUGUUUUACAUCUUUCCUGCUCUGCCUCCUCUUUUAUCAGGACUGGGACUCACACUGAUCCACUUGCAAACUAACAUUUAAUCUGUUAGUACUCCAGUGGGUGAGCAGUCUACUAAAAUUCCAAUUUUUCUUGGACUAAAAACAAACAAACUUCAAGCCAGCAGAUGCAUUUCUGUUGUGUGAGAAGGCUUCAGCCAAACAGUGCAGAUAAACUUUAUUUUUAUGUUGUAAGUCAUGAACUGUAGGAUGCAAAGUUUGGACACAUCGGACAUGUAAACAUAAUUCCUGCACAAGCAUGCACAAACACUGACACCGUACCUGUGCUAUAACCAUAGCCAUAUCUGAUUGCCUUACUCUGUGUGUUUUAAAACCAGACGUCAAUAAUGUUCAAACCGAACUAAAGGUAGCUACCUGAACUAUGCGCGAUAUAAAUUUGAACAUAUACAUACGUACAUACAAACAUACUUGGAAUCAAUUCAGGUGAUAGUCUAGGCAACUGAUGUCAGUUUAACUCAGAGUUAGUGGCUCAAUCCUUUUCUUUCACAUAAGUUUGAAUCUUAUUUUAUCGUUUUUAACCUGGAAUACAUUUGCUUCAUAUUUCCUAUUUGACAAAAAUGAAAAAAAAAUGUUGCCUAUCCUAUAACGUAAAUAAUAAAGAGGAGAAAAUAGAUUGUGUAACCUCAUCAACUAUUUGACAUUUUUGGUGAAAUAGUUUGGCUCUAGGUUUAUUUUUAUGUCAUAUCUGGUGCAGAGCCAUUAAUCUCAUCUUUGUUUACUCGAUCACUUUCUCCAAAAGCUCUGAAAUGUGAAAGCAGUGAUGAGUGAUGACCGAGGCCUUUGUGCCUGCAGUGUAAAUCCAUCUUGGAAAUACAUCAUGCCCCAUCUGACCACCGGGUGGCAACAAAACAUAUAUUAUUCAGAUGGGUGAAAGUUAACUGUGUUAAAGCUACUUCAGAUCUGAUGUUAUCAUAUAUUGAUGUAUAUCAAUAUUAUAUUCAUUUUCACGGGUCAGACAUGACCAGUGUAUAAUCUGAAGUGCCACUUAGAUUGUUUCACUGUGUUCAUCAAGCAGGGACACACUUCUAAAAAACAGUAUUACCAUCUGAUUUUUAAUGAUACUAAAGAUGUCUCAUAUGAACCAAAGCUAGUGUGAAAAUCUAUAAUAUUUAGAUGAAUGUACUUUUUUUUUAUAUACAUGCAACUUAUGCCCGUGAAGUAUACCAACUUGAGUCAAAUAGUCAUGUUUUCAGUUUUAAUGGUUUGCUGUUGUUAUUCCAAUUUCACAAAAGUCUGGUUGUUUGCAUUUACCUAUUGCUAGUUGAUUUCUCGCUGGGUUUCUGGGAUAAAACUGAUGCAAACUGUGUGAAAAUGUAUGGGCUCAAAUGAGGGUCAAUACGCUUUUGAAUGUGAAACAAUUUCAAAGUCUGUGGUUGUAUGUGAAACUUGUGAAAAAACUCAGAAUUGUGACUUUGGAGAAAAGAAUUGCAGUUGUGAGAAUGUCUAAAAAAAUAUGUUUGGACAAAUUAUAUCCGCACUACAUGCAGACAAAUGCAUUUUGGCCCUGCUUUGGGCUGCAAGGACGGGACUAAAAUUCGUACUUGUAACUUAAAUGUAUGCAUGCAUGUGUAACUUAACACAGUCACGCACAGUGUGGGAAUUUGGAGCACAAUUCCAAAUCUAAAUCUGAGUACUUCAUCCACCACUGACAAAGUUUGAGUACACAUUCUUAUUCUGGUCUUUUUCAACAUCUCCAAAUCUUUUUGCUACCCUUUUACAAACUUUAAUUUUGCAUGCCGUUUUUUUUUUUCUUCACAGGUUUAAAGAACCACAGGCUUUGAAAUCAUUUCACUAGCUCAAUAUCUCAUUGACCCACGUUGGAGCCCAUGAGAAGAAGCUCGUAUUGUGAGUGCUGUGAGCGUAUAAGAUAACAAAGUGAAUUCCUCCCUCCGGUGUGAGGGAUCUUCGUUGUGUGAUCUGCUUUGCAAAUGUAAACGGAGGAAUUUACAUCACAACUUGGCAAACUAUUCUCAGAAGUUGUUCAGUGACCGAAGUUGUUUUUUUCCUCCCUCAGUAUGCAGUAUUAUCGUCGAAUCGUUGAAUAAGUCUUGAAUAAUGGCAUGCCUUACUGGGGAAAAAAAAAAUGUAAAUAGUGUCUACAUAUCACAUCAGUCUACAGACUAUUUUAAAAGUAGUUUGAAGUCUGAAAUAUGCAGAGUGCUAGAGAGGUUAGCUUUUAAUGCUGCUGUUCAAUAGGCAGCUCUGUGUGCAUGCAAUAAUGUGUGAUUGGUUUAUUUGGAUUUCCAAUUAGUGGCUAACAAGGAGGCAACAAUUCAUCUGAGAAUAAGUUUACUUUUGGUUUGUUGUGUCCCUUCUUGCCUUGUUGACAUUUACACUGAUGGAGAUUCGAGCUUUGGUAAAGAGUAGACAGCUCAGUGUGUACGAGCAUAAAAAUGGCAAAAACAUGCACAUAUUCUUGCCUUUUCAUUUACUGUAAUUCUGGCAAAGACCAAAUCUCAUGGAUGUAAAAGAGAUUUGUGUUUCAUUAUAACAAGCCAAUAAGUUUACAGACAUUGCCAAUGAUUGGUUUCUCUUGUGCCAUCAAUGGAGCUUUUCAAUAAAAGAGCAUAUACAAAUAAGAAGAUGGAGCCAUUAUGGAGACAGCCAUCAAGGGGUUUCGAAAGCUAAUGUAGAAACGCUGCAGCUUAGGGAUAUUUCAAGACACAGAAUAACCCAGACAAGAAUGGGCAGAAAGUAAUUAUGGAUGAAUGCUGUUCAGGAUGUCUCAAGCCAUUUGACAUGUUCAAUCGUGUAUUUGCUCUAAUGGGGACUUGAGCAGCUUUUUGACAAUUUUAACAUGUAGCAUUGGCUCCUAGAUACAACACGUCAAAUGUAACUGAAGUAAUGAUUUGGUUGUGAGAGAGAUGUAGCUUUAUUUGAAAAGUAAAGUGUUUCGGUUGGCUCAUGAUUCAUGUUUAAGCUAGAUGAACUGUGCUUGGCUAACGUCACUGACUCGCAUUAACGCAACAUUUAGACUAAUUAUUGUAUAGUAAAAAUGUUAUGAUUUGGUAUUGUUUACUCACAAAUUCACAUACUGUAUUUUUUGGCUUUCUGAAUUUAUCACAUUUUCUUUUUGGGGUCUUCAUUUAGCCACCAAUGUUCGAAAGACAUGGAAAUAACAUUCAAGACUAAUGUAAAAUAUAUAAAUAAAUUAAUAAAAUAUAUUUAAAAACA